CUUGAUUGUUCAAAAUGUCGGCCCAUAAGACGUUUAUUAUUAAGCGCAAAUUGGCCAAAAAGCUGAAACAAAACAGACCCAUUCCUCAGUGGGUAAGGAUGCGCACAGGAAACACUAUUCGAUAUAACGCUAAGAGGCGUCACUGGAGAAGGACAAAGCUCAAGUUGUAAGCUUGUGAAUGUGUUAAAUGUAAUCUAAUAAAAACCCUGUAAAGUCAAAA